UUCAGGCUAAUCCUUUGGUUAUUUACCCAAUUACCUUCCACAACUUUAAUGUUCCCCUUGCUCAACCCGUUCAUGUUGUUAACAAUGGCCAUACCAUUGAGAUGGCAGUUGGAAAGACGGUAAAUGGAUUCCAUCCCUUCAUUACUGGUGGUGGAUUAGAUGGUGUCUAUCAAGUAGAGGGUGUGCAUUUCCAUUGGGGAUCUCCACAAACUAAAGGCUCCGAGCACGCAUUGGGUGGACAGAAAUAUGACUUGGAAAUGCACAUUGUCUGCAAAAAUAUUAAGUUUGCCUCCGUUGCAGAAGCCCGUGAAGAUCCAUUUGGAUUAGCUGUCAUGGGUGUGUUGUUCAAGGGACUUGACCAAGAAGUACCACGAUCUGGAUUAAAUGAAAUAUUUGACCGUCUACCAUUUUUGGCGCUCCCAAAUACUGAUCUAUUAAUCGAAAAUCCACUUAAGUUAGGAGAAUUGAUGGGCGGCAUUAAUCCUAAGAAAUUCUAUACUUACAGAGGUUCAUUGACAACUCCACCAUGCUCUCAAGCUGUAACUUGGCUAGUUUUCGAAGAUAUUGUUCCUGUUCAAUCUCAAUCUUUACAAAAGUUUUGGCAUUUAUUGGACGUUAGAGGAUUACCACUUGUUAACAAUUUCAGACCUUUGCAAUUGCAAAAUGGUAGGAGAGUUUUCUCCCGCAAAUUCUUCAGCGAACGAUAAGGAGUUUGAACUUCGAGUAUUUGCUUCGGCAAAUCAAACAAAAAGUUAUGAGAGUUGUUUGAUUGUUUGUAAACAACAAUUUAUCAAAUAGUCUUGUUAUUUAAUUUUUUGAUAUUGUACAUUUAUAAAUGUAUGUAAAUGUUUUAUCCUAGAAUGACAUAUUUUCAAAAUAUGAGUCAGAUUUACCAUAAUGUUCCUAUUAUAUUGAUAUUAAUAAAAUUAACUUCGAAUUUUAAAGAUUAAAUAAAAAAGCUUUUCAUUA